AUGGCCCGUAAUCUUCUGUUGCUUUGUCUCGCCUUCUUUGUCACGCUUUCGACAGCACUCAGUUCUCCAAUCGGAGUAUGCUAUGGAAUGCUAGGUAACGACUUGCCACCACCAACAGAAGUAAUCAACAUGUACAAACUGAAUCAAAUCGGUCUAAUGAGACUCUACGAUCCAAACCACGAAGCGCUCGAGGCCCUUCGUGGUUCUGGCAUUAACGUCGUAGUUGGAGUUCGUAAUGAUGAACUUCAACAACUUGCAAGCACUGAAUCCGCUGCUGGGGACUGGGUAGCAGCUUACAUUCGUCCUUAUUGGCCGCAAGUCAAUUUUCGAUACAUAGCCGUUGGGAACGAGGUCAUCCCAGGAGAGGUUGCAAAAUACGUCCUCCCAGCAAUGCAAAACUUGCACAAUGCAUUGAGCUCCUGGGUUCUUAACUCUAUUGAGCAAAUAAAGGUCUCGACCGCAGUUGCAAUGUCGGUACUGGGUGAGUCUUACCCUCCCUCGGCCGCAACAUUUUCUCAGGACACCGCGGAGUAUAUGGUUCCGAUCGCACGAUACUUGAACAACAUUGGUGCACCGUUGCUAGUCAAUGUGUACCCUUACUUUACCUACGUUGAAAACCCUAGCGACGUUUCACUACCUUAUGCAUUGUUCGCUUCCGAAAACGCUGUAGUGACAGAUGAUGGUCUGAGUUAUUACAACCUGUUUGAUGCCAUGGUGGAUGCGGUUUAUGCAUCGUUGGAGAAAGCAGGCGCACCCCAAGUCCGAGUGGUGGUGUCCGAGACGGGCUGGCCCUCCGGCGGGAAUGGGAACGUGACAACACCAAGCACUGCGCAAAAAUACAACUCUAACCUAAUUAGGCACGUCCUGUCGUCACAUGGCACUCCAAGGCGGCCGGGAAAGUCCGUCGAGACUUACUUGUUUGCCAUGUUUAACGAGAACAUGAAAUCUGGUGAAGCAGUGGAGCGACAAUGGGGUCUGUUUUAUCCGAACAAGAGACCCGUUUAUCCUAUCAAUUUUGAAGAACAAAGGCUGGAGCCGGUACAAAGGAUGGAGCCGUAUGUAAUUCGUCUCCAAAUAAUGUAA